UCCAGCAUUGAUCAGGCUAUCGAGGCGUCGCGAGUGGGGUUAGAAUCGUUGGGGUUCGACGACCCGCUCCGUCCAGACUUGCUCUCAAGCCAUGCAGAACAGCUACUCAUCAAAUAUAUGCGAACACUUGAAACCGAUGAUCUUGAUAAAGCCGUUCACAUCUACCAAGAUAUUCUGGCAGAACCGUCGCAGUUUACCAACCAGUCCCUACCAUCGUUCAACUAUGCGCUGCUACUCAGGGAUAAGCACACCAAAACCGGUCUGGCAUCCGACUUCGAUAAUGCCAUCCGGGCUGCCCAGGAGGCGAUAGCACUAGACGAGGGGGACGAUCCGAAAAGAUCGGAGUUCCUUCUGACGGGCUGCUCGAACCCGGCGAUGUUUCUAAACAACAUGGGCCUAUCGCUCGGGAUGAGAUAUAGGGAACUGGGGGCAGAGAAAGAUAUCUACCAAGGCAUUAGUGUACUUCAAGAGGCUAUCAAGUCCACUGAAGCAGAUGAUCCCAACCAUUCAGACCUUCCCCUAUUCUGGAAUAAUCUCGGACUGCUCCUUGAGCACCGGUACGAAAGGACGAAAGCCAUGGACGACUUGGAAGAAUCGUCCCGACUUCUAAAGCAGUCAGUGAAGGCCACGCCACGAGGAGACCCGGCUUACCCGACAAGGUUGAAUAAUCUUGGGUUGGUGCAUGGUCAUCUGUUUUCGAGAACACGCAAUAUUGGGCGUUUGCAUGACGCGAUUUGGGCUACUUCAGAGGCUGUGAAAAUGGCUAAAAAAACACAUCCGAAUGACCUGGACUUGCCACUCUUCUUAAACAAUCUCGGACGACUGUACGGUGACUGGGCAGACGUCACAGAGAGCUCGGAGCUCAGGGACACCGCCAUGUUAAACCUUCAGGCGGCAGUGGAAGGCGCACGUUCACAACAGCCACCUCAUGACGACCUUGCCAUGUUCCUGAACAACCUCUCAGGGGCUUUCCAGGAGAAAUACCAUGCCGGAAAAUUGCCAGGUGACCUCGACAAGGCUGUCGUGUCGCUCAAGGACGCUGUGGCGGCGACCCCUAAAACCCAUCCAGAUCGGGCCGUACGACUCUACAAUCUUGGGUUGCUCCUGCGAGAGGAACAUAGCAGGGACGAUAACCUGCAGGCUGCCAUUUCGUGCUUCCAGGAAGCGCUGGAUGCAACUGCUGCUCCCGUAAUGAGCCGCAUCGUCGCCGGCCGUGAGGUCCUCGCCUGCUGCCUCGAUAACCUUAACCUGAACCUUACGUGCGACUGGGACCAGGCCUACGAAGCGCUGGACAAGGCGGUCCGUCUUGUACCCGCAUUGGCGCCCAAGUCACUCGGGAAUGUCGACAAGCAGUACGUGCUGAGCCAGGUCGUCGGCCUCACAUCAGACGCAGCCGCGGUGGCUCUGGAAGCAGGGAAAGGAGCCGUCGUCGCACUCAAGCUACUCGAGAUUGGCCGCGGCAUCAUUGCUAAGUCGCUCGAGGACGUACGAACUGAGGCGCCUGUGAGGGCUCUGCGGGCUCAUGACCCAAAACUGGCGGAGCAGUUCAUUAGGAUCCGCGACGAGCUGGACUUCUCCGCCUGGAGCGCUGGGUCAGGGCCCUCGUGGCUCGACGAGGCCAGCCGGCGGCAUGAUAUCAUGCGCCAGUUCGAAGAUCUGGUGGAGGCGAUCCGACAGAGGUCGGGAUUUCAGGGCUUUCUCCUCCCUCCGAGCCAAGAGGAUCUCCAGGCCGCUGCGGAGCACGGCCCUAUUGUCCUUGUCAAUGUGAGCAGGCGGCUCGGCCGCUGCGAUGCAUUUCUUGUCGAGAGACACCAGAUACGGGUCCUCGCGCUCCCCGGUCUUAGGUAUGGCGACCUGGAGAAGAACUCGAAGGGGAGGGAUCUAGGCAACAUCAAGAUCCUGGAGUGGUUGUGGGAUGCUCUUACACGACCCGUGCUGGACGCCCUCGGAUUCGAUCACCCGCCGUCAGAUGAAAACUGGCCGCGUCUGUGGUGGGUUCCGACGGGCCUAUUGACGAGAUUCCCUCUCCAUGCUACGGGACGCUACCAGAAAGCGUCAGUGGACACUGUUCUUGAUCGCGUUAUGUCGUCCUAUGCAUCUUCUAUUCAGAGUAUCAUAUCCGGACGCCGUCAGGGCCCCCAAGAAUACGCCACGGGUAGCCAGAAGGCCCUCCUGGUCCGUAUGGAAAACACCCUUGGACACACCAAGCUGCAGUACGCGGCGGACGAGAUCGAUUCCCUCCGAAACUUGCUCGAGACGAUGAACGUUCCAUUCGUCGAACCUGAACGACGCAAAGCCGACAUCCUGUCGCACCUGCCGGCCUGUACCCUCUUCCACUUCGCCGGCCACGCGACUGCGGACGAGGCCGAUCCGUCGCGGAGCUUCCUGGCACUCGAGGACUGGGACGUGGACAGGCUCACCGUGGCCGACCUGCGAGAUCUGAACCUGUGGCAGAACGCGCCAUUCCUUGCCUACCUCUCGGCCUGCAACACUAGUCAGAUCAAGGAUGGUUCACUUUUCGACGAGAAUGUCCACCUCGUGAGCGCCUUCCAGCUUGCGGGGUUCCGCCACGUCGUUGGAACGCUGUGGGAGGUGCAGGACCGUUCGAGCUCUGAGAUGGCACGCAUCACAUACAAGACGAUGCAUGACGACGACCUAACGGAUGUAUCCGUCUGCCGCGGCCUCCAUCGCGCGUCCAGGGAGCUACGUGACCGGUGG